AUGGCUCAAGAUCAAACUCGUCGGUCCCAAGAGGAGAGCCGUGAAGAAAUACAAAGUGCCGAUUCGGAUAGGGCGAAUGAUACUCAAAUGAAGGGUUUAAUGGAGGAUCCCAAACCUGCAAACGAGCAGUCACCGCUUUUGUCUCCGUCCGAAUCAGAAGAAGAGGAGGAAGAAGGGCUCAUCAAUGGCAGCAACAUAUUAAAUGAUGAUUCUGAUACUUAUUCGGAAACAAAGGGAAUAUGGUACAUGAUACUUUUGACACUCAGUAUAGGUGGUUUACAAGUGGCAUGGGGAGUGGAACUAUCCAAUGGAACUCCAUAUCUUUUAUCAUUAGGUCUGAGCAAGUCGUUGAUGGCUCUAGUAUGGAUUGCAGGGCCAAUGUCAGGAGCUUUGGUACAACCAUAUAUCGGUAUUUUGAGUGAUAGAUGUCGGUCCCCAUGGGGUAAAAGACGUCCUUUUAUGGCUAUAGGUACAGCCGCCACCGUCGUUUCUUUGGUUUCUUUAGCCUGGGUAAGAGAGAUAGUAGGUGGGUUUCUAGGACUGUUCGGUGCAGAUAAAGAAUCACAAGGUGUAAAGGUUUCGAUUAUUGUUGCUGCUGUCCUCCUAAUUUACAUUCUAGAUUUUGCUAUAGCUACAGUGCAAGCCGCCAUUAGAGCUUUCAUUCUUGAUUGUGCCCCUAGUCACCAGCAAGAAACUGCGAAUUCCUUUGCUAGCCGCACCAUAGGCGUUGGUAAUAUCGUUGCUUACCUCGCCGGUUAUAUUGACCUACCCAAGUACCUUUGGUUCUUUGGAAAUACCGAAUUCAAAAUACUCUCUCUGGUGGCCUGCGUCACUCUUUCUACGGGUGUCACCAUAAGUAGUGCCACGAUCAAAGAACGUGAUCCACGUAACGAUCCGAUUCCACUCAAAGCAAAAUCUGGACUCCUAGCAUUUUUCAAGCAGGUUUUCACAUCCAUCAGACGUUUACCUCCUUUGACUCGCCAAGUUUGUGAAGUGGAGUUCUUUGCUUGGAUCGGCUUUUUCCCUCAACUCUUUUAUUCAAGCUCCUAUGUUGGCGAUAUUUAUGUCCAGCCAUAUCUGAGAGAGAAUCCCAAUAUGACUCCAUCAGAAAUUGAUGAGCUUUAUGAAAAGGCAACCCGUGUUGGGACCUUUGCCCUAUUGAUGUACGCCAUUACCUCAUUGUCGGUCAACGUCAUCUUACCAUUUUUCAUUACCCCAUCUUACGAUGUUCCUUCGUCGUCCGCAUCUAUAUAUUCUCACAAGAGUUACACAACACGAUUUUCACGAUUUAUCGAUAACCUCGCCAUUCCCGGUCUUACCCUCCGUCGCGCAUGGCUCAUUAGCCACCUUCUAUUCGCAGCAUGCAUGUUUUCCACACUUAUCGUACGAUCGAUUACAGGAGCCACUGUUUUGAUAGCUUUAGUUGGUGUAUCUUGGGCUAUGACAUUGUGGGCUCCAUUCGCCAUCAUCAGCGCUGAAGUUAGUAAGCGUGAUGCUGUACGUAGAUCACGACAACAAUCGAUGGUUGGCGAGGAUGAUUUAGACGAAGAUCAAGCUGGUAUCAUUCUAGGCAUCCAUAACAUGUCCGUCGCAGCCCCCCAAAUUAUCGCCACACUCGCCAGCAGCAUCAUCUUCAAAUUCAUGCAAAAGCCACGCGGAACACCCGGAGAUAGAAGUUUUGCCGUAGUUAUGGCUUCAGGGGGUAUUUGCACCCUAAUUGCUGCAUAUCUUACUAGUAGAAUCAAAGAUGAGAUUGAGAUUCCUGGGGAUGUUAUUAGGAUCAGAAGAGGGAGUAGUGCGACAAGACUUAGUAGAAGGAGUACGGAGACACCGCUUAUUAUGGCAAGUGGGUGA